GCACUUCCGGCGUAGAAGAAGACGCUGGUGCGCAUCAUUUAGCAGACACUGCACUGGGAAUGAAUAAUGUGCUGCCAGAAGAGAUCAUUAAUCACUCAGUGUGAAUAGGAGCAGAAAGACUUUCGAGAGGAGUUCACUCUAAAGAACAGUCAGAUAAGCUUUGAAUGUCCAGCCAACAUAUUCCGAGUCUGUCAACAUCUAAAGAGCAAGCAUGAGUCGUCUGGACCAGGACCAGCGUCUCCAUCCUGGUUGCCGUAACAAAACAACAGUCUCCAGUGAUUCAUCGGAUGCUCGUGAGCUCGCCAAGCAGCCUCUCCAAGGUCUAAAAUUGGCGUCACAUGCGGUGCUGGAGGAAGCGCAGCACAGGGGCAGGUUGAAGUGCUCUAAAUGUGGAGGAUCAAGGAUGUUCUUCUGCUACACAUGCUGCACAUUAGUGGGUGUCAGCCCACAAGAAAUCCCCUCAUUAAAGCUUCCCGUGAAGAUAGACAUCAUCAAACAUCCCAACGAGACAGAUGGCAAGAGCACCGCCAUCCACGCCAAGAUUCUAGCACCCGGUGACGUCACCAUUUAUACGUACCCCUGUAUCCCCGAGUAUGAAAAGGACAAGGUAGUGCUGGUGUUCCCGGGUCCAGGAGCCGUUUCGGUUCAACACAUGAUGCAGCGUUUACGUGACGGGAGCAACGACUCCUCCGAUGAACCCUGCGUAAAGAGGCGGAAAAGCGAGGAGGUUCAAGGUCCCGCGAAGAACUCGGAGUCGGGAAGCCCAGAUGAAGCAAAGAGCUCGGAGUCAAGGGUGCAUCCCCUACAGAAGGUGGUCUUCAUUGACAGCACAUGGAACCAGACCAACAAGAUCAGCACAGACGAGAGGCUGCAGGAUUUGCUCCAGGUAGAGCUGAAGAUGAGAAAAACAUGUUUCUGGCGCCGUCAGAAGGGCAAACCGGACACCUACCUAGCUACCAUCGAGGCCAUUUAUUAUUUCCUCAAGGACUUCCACGAGAGUUGCCUCGCUCAGGAGUACAGUGGAGAAUACGACAACCUGCUCUUCUUCUACUCCUACCUGCACUCGGUUAUCAACAAAGCUAAGACUUCUGCUGGAAAAUGCUGAAAUCAGAGACUGAAGGAUGAGAUUCAUUUGUAAUCCCACGUAUGAUGUCCUUUUUUUUUUUUUUUUUUAUUUUGUGGCUGAGUUUUUAUUUCUUUUAAGAUGCUGUGAUAUCAGUUGUAUAAGAAUAUGCAAUAAAACAAGAAAAAGUCUAAAAAUGUUGCAUGAAUGAAUGAAAAUCUGCAGUUGCAACAAAGACUGGAUCAUGGCAUAAAAAUGGAAUAAAGCUGUCUGAGAAACA